AAGUAUCCUGAAACAAUGGGGACAGCCACUGCAAGCGGGAGAAGGCUUUACCCCAGUGUGUGUGAGCAGGGCAGAGAGCAGAGCAGACCAAGCGCGCAUCCACUGAAGAAUGAAGAAACCCAAAACCUUUCCCCAGAAGUACUUCUUUAAUUAGCAGUGCAGAUCACACAAUAAGUACUUUAUGCUUUUAUAAGUCUCCUGAGAACAUUUUUUUCUGAGUGAUUCCAGCUUCCAGACAUUUGCCAUGAUAAGGGUUUCGAUCCUUUCCCAUAUUUGCCCUGAGUCAUGAGUGGAUAUGUGUGAUGCCUGCAAGUAAAACUGCCGAGGUACGGAAGCUGUCCGGCGGAGCAGCGCUGAGGUCGCUCCGGAGCGCUGAUGGGCGAGGCGUAGCAUGGGCAGCAUCAGUGUGCAACUCAGACUCCAAAUUUGGAGAGUUCUCUGUCCAGAGAAUGCCUGUUUGGUCCAGAACAUAUUUGAAGCUGAAGGGUAAGAAGAGUGACCUAUUUGGGUGGCUGUAACUGAAGAUUGCGUUACAGGAGCAACAGCAGAAGGUUUUUGAGUCAUGAUGCAAGAAUCUGGGACUGAGACAAAAAGUAACGGUUCAGCCAUUCAGAAUGGAGCGAGCGGUGGCAACCACUUACUAGAGUGCAGCCUACGGGAGGUGAGAUCAAACGGCGAGACACCUUCAGUUGAAAUUGGGGCUGCAGAUUUAACACAUCUUCAGCAACAGCAGGCUCUCCAGGUAGCACGGCAACUUCUACUACAACAGCAGCAGCAGCAGCAACAGCAGCAACAACAGCAGCAGCAGCAGCAAGUUAGCGGAUUAAAGUCUCCGAAGAGGAAUGACAAACAGCCGGCCCUGCAGGUUCCCGUGUCGGUGGCUAUGAUGACACCUCAAGUGAUCACUCCCCAGCAAAUGCAGCAGAUCCUCCAGCAACAAGUGCUAACUCCCCAGCAACUCCAAGUCCUGCUCCAGCAGCAGCAGGCACUCAUGCUUCAACAGCAGCAGCUUCAAGAGUUUUAUAAGAAACAACAGGAACAGUUGCAGCUUCAACUUUUACAGCAACAACAUGCUGGAAAACAGCCUAAAGAGCCCCAGCAGCAGCAGGUGGCUACGCAGCAGUUGGCCUUUCAGCAGCAACUCUUACAGAUGCAGCAGUUGCAACAGCAGCACCUCCUGACUUUGCAGCGUCAAGGGCUGCUAACAAUCCAGCCUGGCCAGCCUACUCUGCCUUUGCAGCCCCUUGCACAAGGCAUGAUUCCAACAGAACUGCAGCAGCUCUGGAAGGAAGUGACAAGCUCGCACACAGCCGAGGAGGCAGCCAGCAACAACCACAGCAGCCUCGACCUGUCCACCACCUGCGUCUCCUCAUCCGCACCGUCUAAGACCUCCUUAAUAAUAAACCCGCACGCGUCAACCAACGGACAGCUAUCGGUUCACACUCCUAAACGGGAGAGUUUAUCCCACGAGGAGCACUCACACAGCCAUCCGCUCUAUGGACACGGCGUAUGCAAAUGGCCAGGCUGUGAAGCAGUAUGUGAAGACUUCCAGUCGUUUCUAAAACAUCUCAACAGUGAGCAUGCGCUGGAUGAUAGAAGUACAGCCCAAUGUAGAGUACAAAUGCAGGUUGUACAGCAGUUAGAGCUACAGCUUGCAAAAGAUAAAGAGCGCCUGCAAGCCAUGAUGACACACCUGCAUGUGAAGUCGACUGAACCAAAAGCCACCCCUCAGCCUCUCAAUCUGGUGUCCAGCGUCACGCUUUCCAAGACAGCGUCCGAGGCUUCUCCACAGAGCUUACCUCAUACUCCCACCACCCCGACUGCACCCAUCACUCCCGUCACGCAGGGACCGUCGGUCAUCACUACCACGAGCAUGCACAACGUCGGGCCCAUCCGGAGGCGGUACUCGGAUAAAUACAACGUCCCCAUUUCUUCAGCAGAUAUUGCCCAGAACCAAGAAUUUUAUAAGAACGCAGAAGUUAGACCACCGUUCACGUAUGCAUCUUUAAUUAGGCAGGCCAUCCUCGAAUCUCCAGAAAAACAGCUAACACUAAAUGAAAUCUACAACUGGUUCACGCGAAUGUUUGCUUACUUCAGGCGCAACGCGGCGACGUGGAAGAAUGCAGUGCGUCAUAAUCUUAGUCUUCACAAGUGUUUUGUGCGAGUAGAAAACGUUAAAGGGGCAGUAUGGACAGUGGAUGAACAAGAGUUCCAAAAACGAAGGCCACAAAAGAUCAGUGGUAACCCUUCUCUUAUUAAAAACAUACAGACCAGCCACACCUACUGCACACCUCUCAAUGCUGCUUUACAGGCUUCAAUGGCUGAGAACAGUAUACCUCUAUACACUACUGCUUCCAUGGGAAAUCCCACUCUGGGCAACCUAGCCAACGUGAUGAGGGAAGAGCUUAAUGGUGCAAUGGAGCAUACGAACAGUAAUGGGAGUGACAGUAGUCCAGGACGUUCCCCUAUGCAAGCAAUGCACCCCGUGCAUGUCAAAGAAGAACCGCUAGAUCCAGAUGAAAAUGAAGGCCCGCUCUCCUUAGUGACAACAGCCAACCACAGUCCAGAUUUUGAUCACGACAGAGAUUAUGAAGACGAACCUGUAAAUGAGGACAUAGAAUGAGUAUGUCUGACGUCAUCAUCCUGAGAAUGAAGAUGGGAAGAACACGUCAAACCUAGCUGUGAAAUCUCUCCAUUGUUGUACAGUCUGGAGGAUUCUCAGUCCGCUUUGACAACUAUGAAAUAUGUUAACUCUUAGUGCCAUCAAGUAUCCCAUUUGGGAGUAUUUUUGAUUUUUCUACUUUUUGUUGAAAAAAGGAAUUUGUACUCUGUGCAUUGGAUGGACUUGUUUGGUACUUGGGAUUUUCCUCUCUUACAGUCAACGUCAGUGUUGUAAAUUUGCUAAACUGAUUCACUUACAUUUAGCAGCCAACUGUGGACUGCAGGUCCUGCCAAUUUUGGACACUUGAGGACAUCAAACUGAGCAUGUACACCAGAACUGCAGAUCAAGUCUUUGCCCAGAUUUUAAGGAUUCCAAUGGACAACAUAUUUGCACAGUACUGCAUGUUGAUUAUCACUGCCUUUACUCCAUUUUGUUGUUUUUCGGGUUUUUUGUUUCGGUUUGGUUUUUUUUUUGUUUUGUUUUGUUUUGUUUUGUUUUUUG